GGAUGAGAUGUUCUGCCUGCCGCACGCACGGCAGCCGAGUUGCCGUGACGCGCUUCUAAAAUUGCUGCCGUAGAACCUCAACCUUGCGGCUCAAUCUCUAAGCAGCGGCUGCUCUCAUGCAUCCGCUGAUUGCUUCUGAUUGCUGCUGAUUACGGCACAAACAUCGGUCAUAGUGGUCAGAAAAACCACGUUGGACGCUACCAAUGCGGCAGCUCAGCAUUCCUGCCGCACAGGGACUGCCAGUUCCGUCGAUCACACGAGAGAUGACAGACUUCGAAGUGGCCGAUACUUCUAAGAACCACCCCGUUCAAUGCGUCGCACAACAUACUACCAGUACCCCUCCCACGAUGUUCCCUCCAGAUCACCCUGCUAUCGCCAGCCUUCCAGCGGCACUGGACGACUCCCCCGGGAAGCAGGUGCGGCAGCGGCUGGAGGACAUAGAGACGCGCAUAUUGGAGAGCAAGCUGCAGUGGCUCGCCACGCAGCGCCAGCUCAGCGCCGUGCGAUGCCGCCACUUCAUGGACCUGCUACGCGCUACCGUCGCCACCGAUCUUCAUCACCAGCAUCAUGUGGAAUUAACAUCGGGUGGUAUAGACUCGGUGCGUCGUGCUGCUCGGCGUGAGCUCCCCGAGUCGGGCUUCCCGCGUCCAAAAAAUCGCGAUUGGAGCGAUGGACGCGGGAGCUCGCCGCGUUGCCACCGGCGUGGCCUGUGCAGCACGCGAUCGGAGUCGGACUUGGGGCGAGCCGGGCUGGUUUUCGGCAGCACGGGCCGCAAUGCGGCGGCGUUACUACUACCCAAGACGCAGAGCUGCGAAAUCGGACUGUGUCAUCCUGAUGGCUCUAGUAGUCCCACACGGAGUACUGCCCCUCUGGUUCCUACAUCCCGCGAUGGCGAUGCUGCGGCAGCAGCAGUAGCGGCAACAGCAGCUGCUGCCGAUUCUUGCACUGAUCAAACGCACGCGAAGGCGUUUCCGCCCUCCUGCCUCUGCCGCUCUUUCCCCGCCCAAUCGGACAUUUCGACGCGCCACCAUCACAGCUUCACUCAAGGAGAACCCAUGUCUCCCAAUCAAAACCUUUCCCGCCAUCGCCGGCGGUUCCGCCGCUGCCAUUCCGUCAGAGCUUACUCCCUGCCCGUACAGUCCCUGCAGUCCCUGCAGCCCCUGCAGUUCCUGCAGCCCCUGCAGUCUCUGCAACCCCCCAAGUCCCCGCAGUCAAGUGAUGAGGAAUCGGCUGAUAGCGUCUCACCAUCCCACUUUCCCCAGGGUUUCCGGAUCCUCAGCGCGGAGGCAGAAUGAGCAAAGGGAGGAGGUUCUCUGUAGGAGUAUGUCGUCCUCCCUGGUGCUCUUCCCGUGAGGAAGCUCCGCCUGGUUCUGGGGAGGGGGAAAUAAGCAUGCUGACAUGACAUGACAUGGCUGCACUGCCACAGGUUAGAGCUGUAGGAUGAAAGUUGUGUUAUACCUAGGUACUGUCACACGUGGCCAUCUGGCUCCGCCUUGAGUGACGCUGGACGUUUCUUAUGUGUUCCUGAAUCCUGAUGUUCUAAUUGACACAGAUG